AUAGAUUUAGAUUGAGUGAGUCGUGUGCUACAGAGUGAGUGUGUAUCGUCCGGCAGUGCUCACUUCUCUGUUUUUAAAUGUUUUGUUGAACAUCUGUUACAUAUUUCUCUAAUAGUAAUAGUGGUCUGGGCAUUUCGUCUCUAGUAAGAGUUUAGAUAUUUACCUGUCGUAAUUACAUUUUAUAAUUGGAUAAUAGUCGUUAGUGAAAGACUUGAAGAAGUUUGGUAAAAUGUUUAACGCAGAGUGACGUUGUAGCUAUAGUAAUAGUGUGAUACUCCCAAUAUAAAGCUUUUCUGUUGUGACGUUCUUCAAAAGAAAAUGCUGCUUUGUGAAUACAGCUAUCUUCUGCUUUGGCUGGCAUCAAGUUUGCUGUUUAUUUCAAGUAGUGCUGAUUUACCCCAGUGCCGUUUGGAUGAGUUCCAUUAUGUUUAUACUGAGUGUGAUAGCCAAGGGGGAAGAUGGAGAGUGCCAGUGCCCAAGAAUCCUGGAGCCUGUACACCUGCCAACUACCCUGGUUUAACAACAAGAGGAAAGGAAUGUGAUUUUGCCUGUAAUGCGGGCGAGUACCUGGACAUUCAAGGAGAUCAGCAGUGUCACCCCUGCCCAGCUGGAACAUACUCCUUGGGCGGUGGAAUUAGAUACAAUGAGUGGGAUAUACUUCCGACAGGUUUUGCUGUGAAAGUGGAACAGCUGGCCCAAGAUGGGCUCAGUGGCUGGAGAAGGAAACAGCGCUCUAACUGCUCAAGAUCAGAGUGGACUCCAAGAGGCAACUACAUCAUGUCAAUUCCAAGCCACUGCCCCAGUGACCUACUUUUCUCUGCCAAGCUUGUCAGGCCGGGUAAGGUGACCUUCGAGUACCAGUAUACAGACACAGACUCUUUGUUUCAUUUCACUGUUCAAAAUGAUCAAUGUCAAGCGUCUGACAGUGAAGAUAAUGAUAAGUGGCCAGAGAUAACCUCUGAAGGAAAAUGGUCAACUAUUGUGGUCAAUCUUAAAACUGGUAUGAAUGUUUUGCGCUGGAGGACAAUCGGAGCUCUGUCAGAAAUGAUGCAUUCAACAGUCAGUCCAAUACUUAUUGGGAAAAUUGAGAUCACAGGUGUCGCCUACACAUCCGAGUGCUCCAAAUGCCCCAAUGGUACCUACAGCAGCGGUGGGACAUCGUUUUGUCAGCUGUGUCCUGCUGAUCAGUUUUCAGGUCAUGGAGCGAAACAGUGUACCCCUUGUCCUUCAUCAGAAUAUGCAGAAAUUGGCUCUCCAAGUUGUAUGAUCAGACCUCCAUGCACUAAUUUUGACUACUACUCCUUCCAGAAACCUUGUGAUGCAGAUGGACAGACCCAGGUAAUAUUUAGCUGGAUGGAGCCGAAGAUCUGCAAUGACAAAGAUCCCCAGUCGGUUUUGCUGCCUAAAAAUGGAGACUUGGAACAAUGUCCACCCUGUAAUAAAGGCAUGUACAGGGUCAACAACUCUGAGUGUGCCUUUUGUCAGCCUAACCAUUACGUGGAUGACAACAGUAUGUGUCUGGAGUGUAGAGAGAACACGUCACCUAACUAUUACAUUGACUAUCAGCACUGGUCAGUCCUGCCACAAAACAUGUCUGCUCACUGUGUACCUGUAGGAGUGACCCCCUGCAGUAACAUGGCUGGCUGGAUACCAUCCGGUGAUCAUGUGAGAACCAUCUUUGGCUUGAAUGACAACAACACCUUUCUUGUCCUCCUUCUCAAGCUGCCAGGUUUUAGAGGAGAGCCAGGAACAGUAGACGGCAAACCUAUCCCUCUCAGCACCGUCACAUUCGACAUGGAACUGAACUGCCCUAUGCCUUGUCAGCUGGUCUUCUUGUCGGAUGCAGACGGCAAAAAUGCAGUUUUAAAAAGUUGGGAUACUACCGCAAAGAGGACAACCUACACUCAAGAUAUCUUCACCAACGAGUCCAUGACCUUGACAUGGGCAUUCCAGCCUGAUGACUUUGGCUAUGCAACUCCUGAUGAUGAUAAGGACCACCACAAAAUGGAGAACUAUGUCAAGAUCUACAGUAUUCAAGUGUCCAACACUGUUGACGGUGGAGCAACAAGCUGUGAGACAUGUCCAGAGGGAAAGUCCGGGGGCGAGUGUAUACCUUGUCCUGAUGGUCAAUACAUAGACAGCCACACCCAAACCUGUCAACCUUGUCCCCCUGGCACUGUCCUGCCAAGCAGCAACUCCUGGGGCCAGUCAUCUUGUAAGCCCUGCGGCCAAGGGCUCCACCCAGUUGGGGGACGUUCCUGCAAGUCUGACUGUCACUUCACAGAUGACAGUGGCCGUGAGUACGACUUCACCGAACUGGAUACCAUUCAUUUUGUGUCAGGAUCUCGUCUGUUCACUGCCAGUGGCACCCAGUACUACCAUGGCUUCAACCUGACGCUGUGUAACCAUGGCAACAAGCCCCUCCCUUCCUGUGUCAACAAUGUGACAAGUGAAAAUGUGAAACAGGGAUCCAAGGAACUGGAACUCUUGUCGAGAGAGAAUUUUCUGAACCAGCCUGGCCCUCUGAGCAGCAUGGUGUGUCGGACGACUCUCAUUCCACAGAGUGACCAAGAGAAGGUGUUGGUGUCCACACAGCCUGUCAGUCUAGGUACACAUCUGACCAAGAUCUUGACUAACAUAAGUUUGGAAGCUCUCUACACUGAAGAAGGAUUUCCUACUGAAGGUCUAGACAGAGACAUCCACUUCUAUUAUGAAUCAGGAAGUUCCACCAGUGCUUGUCCUAACGGUAGGACGUCCAUUAUCAGCUUACGCUGCGAACCAACCAAAACUGGGAACGGUGAAAUCUUACUUUCUCCAAAGUGCUCCGACGGAACAUGCGAUGGCUGCACGUUUCACUUCCUGUGGUUGACCAGACAUGCGUGCGCUACCUGCAGGAAGGAGGACUAUCAUGUGGUCAGGGGAGAGUGUGUCCAGGGGGAACAAGUCAUCCACUAUUUUCCUCCAGAUCACUGUCUUCAACUUCCAGAGGGAACUCUAACACCCAAUAAAAUGAAAUGUCAAAUUUUACCAUUUGCUCUGAUGGUCGCUAUCCCUGUAACUGUUGGUCUGGGUCUCAUUCUUCUCAUACUUUUGAUCUACUGUUGGUCACGCAACAAGAAGCUGGAGUACAAAUACAUGAAACUGGUAGAGACAGCUGGUGGACAUGAUGGAGAGAUGCCAGCAGCUGACACUUGUGGGAUGGAAGAUGAUGAGGAGGAUGUCCACUUUGCCGAACAAACAUCCAGUUUUUUUGGUAAACUAAAAGAAAAGUUUUCCCGUGCUCCCAAUAAGGAUGAAGAUAAUCCAUUUGUGGCAGUCAAAAUGUCAGAGAAAAUGUCACUUACCUAGAUGAAAGACAAGGACACAGCAGGAAUUGUAAUACUAAACUAAUUCCCUUCUUUAUGAUAUUAACAAAACACAAAAA